GUUUCACUUUUGACGGAACAGAGCAAUCUCCGGCCUAUUUCUGCGGAGGAAAUUCAGUCGUUUGUGUCGAAAGUUCAGAAAUUUUUUUUGCCGAUCGAAAUGCAGUUGAAACAGCAGAUUUGUGAGGCUUUGAUGGUUUUUUGUUCGCGGACACUCGACGCGAGGUUUGCCCGGCCUGUCAUUCCAAGACGUAAGCGGCGGAACUUCAACAAGGAGGCGACAGAUGUGUUGAAUGAGUACUUCCACAGCAAUCUGACCAAUCCUUACCCAGAUGAGGAGGCCAAGCUCGCCUUGUCCAAGAAAUGUGGUAUUUCAGUGUCACAGGUGAGUGUGGGUGGGAUAGUGCAGGUGUCUAAUUGGUUUGGAAAUAAGCGAAUUCGGUUUAAGAAGAACGUGAUGAAGCAUGGAGCUACUCAUCAGCCUGUUCAGAAGAAGCAGACAUCUCCUGGACAGCAAAUGAUGUAUGGGUACAAUAAUGAGUACCCUUCCUCAUCGUAUAUGGACUAUCAUCAGAGAGGAUUCUGAGUUAACUCUA